AAUCGACCACUUUUAUAUACCAUCCAUUUAAAUUUUCCAAGUGACUAGGUCCAACUUCUCUGUUUUCACAUACAUGGAAAAAAAAACUAUAUAAAGCUAUAAAUGCUCUCUUUUUAUAACAUAAUACCAUAUCACUAGCAUAGCAAUUUAGCAAAUAAGCAAUGACUUACUCUAUCACCAACACGGCUGCCAACACCCCUGGUGGUGCCCGUUUCAAUCGAGAUAUCGGAGCUCAAUAUUGUCAGCAAACAUUGGCAGCUGCCACUUCCUUCAUAUGGAAUAUCUUCCAACAGAAUUUUCCGGCUGACCGCAAAAACGUUCCAAAAGUAAGUAUGUUUGUCGAUGACAUGGCCGGAGUAGCUUAUACUAACAACAAUACGAUUCACGUUAGUGCAAGGGCGCCCGGAGGAUUAAUUGAAGGGAUUGCUGAUUAUGUGAGGCUCAAAGCUGGUCUUGGCCUAAGCCACUGGGUGAAACCAGGCCAGGGCGAUCGUUGGGACCAAGGCUACGACGUGACUGCUCAAUUUCUUAAUUACUGCAACAGCUUGAGAAAUGGAUUUGUGGCAGAACUUAAUAAGAAAAUGAAAAAUGGUUAUAGUGAUCAGUUCUUUGUUGACUUACUAGGGAAGACAGUUGAUCAACUUUGGGGUGAUUAUAAAGCCAAAUUUCGCGGAAAUUUCAGAUUAAAUCGAGAAUGAGAAAGAUCAUCUAUUGCCUUUGUACCAAUAUUUUAAGUAUUUGUGUCAUGGUCUUGUACUCUUGUUGAAGAUAGUAUAGUAACAACAAUAAUAUUAUUACUAAUAAAAACAAGCACAAAGUUUUACUACAAGUUA